UCUCUCUCUCCCUCCAAGUCCGACUAAACAAUCAAUCUCCUCGGUACUACUGAUCAGGCAAAGAGUGGUUUUCCAAACCCAGAAAUGGCGUCCAUAUGUGCUUCUUCUGCAAUUGCUACUGUGGCUAUCUCCUCUUCCAGUUCUCAGAAGAGUGGGUCUGUGGUGGGAGCAACGAAGGCUUCUUUCCUUGGUGGGAGAAAACUGAGAGAGAAGAAGUUUACAGCAGCAGCAGCAGGACCAAGAUCCCUUUCCGUUUCUGCAGCAGCAGCUGAUGCUGAUCGACCCCUCUGGUUCCCAGGCAGCACCCCUCCUCCAUGGCUCGAUGGCAGCCUUCCGGGAGAUUUUGGCUUCGACCCUCUUGGUCUUGGAUCAGACCCAGAGAGCCUGAGAUGGAACCAGCAAGCUGAGCUUGUUCAUUGCAGAUGGGCAAUGUUAGGUGCUGCAGGCAUCUUCAUUCCUGAAUUCCUAACUAAGAUUGGGAUCCUUAACACCCCUUCAUGGUACACUGCUGGAGAACAACAGUAUUUCACAGAUACAACUACCCUCUUCAUCAUUGAGCUCAUCUUCAUUGGUUGGGCUGAGGGGAGACGAUGGGCUGACAUUAUCAAGCCUGGCUGCGUAAACACAGAUCCAAUCUUCGGCUACAAACUCACUGGGACUGAUGUUGGUUAUCCUGGAGGGCUCUGGUUCGAUCCACUUGGCUGGGGGAAUGCUUCACCUGAGAAGCUCAAGGAGUUGAGGACGAAGGAGAUAAAGAAUGGACGAUUAGCCAUGUUGGCUGUAAUGGGUGCAUGGUUCCAACAUAUCUACACAGGCACUGGACCCAUUGACAACCUCUUCGCCCAUCUUGCUGACCCUGGCCAUGCCACCAUUUUUGCUGCUUUCACUCCCAAAUGAAGAAAGCAAAGAACAUGGAUUGAUUCACAUGGGAAGAAAUCUUAUAUCUUAGUGUAAAUCUUAGGCAGUGGUGGGAAUAGGAAAGGCAGUGGUUCCAGAGGAAAAACUUUGUAUUGCCAUCUGUUCAUGUCUAAGCAUGCCUAUGCAAUGUACAAAUACCUCUCUACCAAUUUGGUUCCCUUCUGAAGUAGAAUGCCUGAGGCCUUUAAUAGUAUAGGUCUAGAAAUUUGUUGCUA